AUGCUAUGGUUAUUGACAUUAAUAGCACCAGCUUUCUCGAAGACAGCGAAUGUUAAGGAGUUUGUUCACAGUGCACAAUUAUUUGCCACAAAAUGCGAUUCAGCUGCCGAGGAUAAAAUCUGGAAUUGUGGUAACGAGCUCGACAAGAUGGGAGUUUUCUCUCAAUCAGGUGUUCAACGGCUCUCAAUAGCCGAGCUGAAGUCCCGCAAUCAGACUUAUUUCAUUCAGAUGUGCGAAGCCUACAAUCGUUACAAUAAAUGUCUCUCUUCACCAACGAUGAAACAUUUUUGUUAUCAAAUGGAGCCAAUGAAAUCAAGAGUGGCUGUUGUUGAUGCAGCAUUGGAAUAUGUCUGUGGAGCAGCUUAUGAAGAUAUGAUCGCAAAUUGGGCUUGUUAUUUGAGAGCGGCCACAUCGGAUGAAUUAUCGAGAUGUGAGAUCUCUUUUGUACAGUUGGUCAAACACCAGGAAACGAUGUACAAUGAGUAUCCGAUAGGAGCCGGAGCUUGCUUCGCUCUUCAAACAUACACCGAUUGCAUCCGACCGAGUAUUGCGGAUCUCUGUGGGAAAGAUGCGUUUACACAUGUGCUUGAGGCAAUCGAGCGGCCUGUUCACGUAUAUCUCCCCCAAUGUGCACUCAAUGGAUCAACAAUGGCUCACAAAUACACUUCACUUAUCAUUUCAUUAAUUUUCUUCGUCUUUGUCAAGUUGCUC